CUAACGUUGCCAUGCAGCAGCACGACUCCCCUGCGCGGCGCCGGGGAGUAGCCGGAGGGCAUGACCCCGUUGUUGUUGUCGAAGGCGGUGUCCACAUGGGCCGUUUGGGGACUCCAGUGCCCUCAUCGCAGCUGCAUAACCAUCAUGACGUACGGAGGGAGGGAGGGGGGAGGCAUUAGUGGAUGGGCUCAUGCACACGCGCAUCGGUGUUGCUUCUUCCCUCCCUCAGGUAGACGCGCGGAUGUCUCUCUCAGCGGCCUCAAGGAUUCCCGUGUUGCCGCCCUCAAAAGAUCCGGUUGAGGUGGGCGUCGUCCCCGGCAACGACGCCAACUGCACAACGUCACCCGCACACCCCUCUCACCCCUCUCACUCCCCACGGCCACACCCAGCCAUGGCGUUCCCCCCACCCCCACCCCAUCCAUACUUCGUCCCGCCCUUCGUCAUGCCACAGGGCAUGUAUCUGCCGCCGCAUCACCUGAUGAUGCAACCGCCGCCGGUGCCAAUAGCAGCAGCAGCCAGCUCGAUGGGCGCGGGUGGGCAUCCGAUGCCCACGUCAGCCGAGGAGGUGAUGCGGGCGCACGAGGGCCACAUGAGCAUUGGGAGGGAGGUCGGGCCGCCCAAGGCGUCAAGUGGUUUGGGCCCACGGUUGCCGACGAUCGUCUCACCGAGGAGCCGCGGGAAGAGGACACCGCCCCCAUCGGCCACGGGUGGCACGCAGAUCGCCGACGACAAGAACAAUCAGCAUGGUAAGCAAUGGGAAGCGAUCGAAAAGCAGUCAACUCCACUCAUCUCUCGUGUGUCAUGGUUUGCCCUCAGGUUCGUUCGCUGCAGCAGCAGCUGCUGCGUCUAGCGGUGGUCCAGCCCCACCACUCCCCCUCCCCCACCCCUCUCACCUUCAUCCCAUUCCCACCAGUGGCUCCCCAAUGGUCAGCCCGGCCCUCCCCCACCUGCUGCACCCACAGCAGCCCGCCACGUCAACCUGCCAAGACACCACCACAGCCAUGGCCAUGGCCCUGCUGCAUCACCGAUGGGCACAGCAGAACAACGCCUUCCUGCGUGAUAAGUUCGCUCACCCCGAAGAGAUCCUCCGCUUCUCCGCCGACCAGAACGCCUUCGUUCUGACCCUCGACGGCCUCCCGGCGGCCGACGGCCAGCUGUCCUUCACCACGGCUCCGGAGGGUGACGGCGCCGUGACGGAGGGCAGCCUGACUGCCGCCCUCAACAAGGCCCUCAUGUUAGCAGAGGAGCACCUGCGUCAGGGGGAGGAUGACAAGGGGGUCAGCAGGCGGCCUGCCGAGGAGGGCGAAACAAGACGAAACGGCAGCGAAGCCGAUGAGACCCAGCAGCACAGCAGGAGGAGGAGCAGCCCGUUGCGCCGCCCGCCCCGAUUGCUGAUGCACCGGCACCACCGACCCUGGAGAUGCCCCCAGACCCGGCCGGUGCUACCACGACUCAACGAAGGUGCGUGUGAACACCAACCCAGUCACGUGUUGUCUCAUAUGUGUGUGUGCGUCAUGCAAUGUAGGUCUCAAGACGCCGCUGAGGAGGUCCCUGUCAGCCUCGUCACUGAGUCCGCCCCCGCCGCUGCAUCAGCCACCGACGCUGAGGCCGCCCCCGCGCCGCUCAUUGCCGAACAGCACGUGCCACAGAGCCAGCCCUCUCCGUCUGCCGUGCGGACCUACAACAAGAAGCGCAUCGACAUCAGCGAGCACCACCUGACCGGGGAGUACUUCUUUAACUCCCGAACAAUGUCGCUCAGGGCAACCCUCGCUGGCGAAGAGUGCAUCGUCAAGGUGCGGACCCCCAACAGCCUGCUGCAGGUCAUGGGCGCCGACAUGAGCGACAAGCUCGGCAGAAGGUACGCCAACGUCGUCUCCUUCAGGGGGGUGGAGGACGAGGCACAGCUGCUGCAUAGGCUGGAGGGACAGCUGGAGGCGCCAAAGCUGCUGUCGAGGGGCUUCGUCAGUGCGGCCGCUCCGUUCAAGGUCCGCCUGAAGCUGCCCGACUUGACGAGCUACACGUCGAUGGCCGAGGGAGAGGAAACGUUUGAGUUUCGGCUGACCGGCCCCUUCUAUGCCGUUGAGCUCCUCAGUAAGCACAACACAAAAAGGGGGGUGUGGCUGGGUCGAAAUGAGGUGCUAAUGCUUUGUCUGACGGUGCAGAGUUUGGUGGUUGUGACGCCCCGAACAUGACGCAGCUCACCCUCCUUCGAGCGGCCAUCAAUCUCGCCAACAAGCAGCAGCUGGACCCCGCAGCCGCUCUCGGAGCCUUCCAGCGCUCCUACGGCAAGCCCAUACCAACCGCACUCUUCGACGCCGUCGCCGCCACAGCCCCUGAAGCGCUGCACCGAUGCCUCCUGCGCGCCCUUGAGGUCAUGCAUGGCUUUUCGAAGCCAAAGAAGGCCCACGAGAUGCCCGAGGCCGCCUCCGAGGAUGACGGCUUCCCGCCCACCAAACCUUACUCGCCCCUACUCGGCCAGCUGCCGAUGCAGACCAACGACGAGGAGACCAUCCCUGCCACCCAUCUGCCGGCAGUGUGGACGAGGGAUGGCGGAGAGGUGCUGCUCAUCCACGGAGGAUCACGGCGGCAACCUGAUGGCGACGACUGGCGGCAAACACGGCAUCGAUGUCGUCCACAUCGAUCACGAGUUCGUGAGGGAGAUGCGGCGCAAUCAGGCGGUCGACGCGGCCAAUCCCGGCCUGUUCAUGGCCAUCCCUCCCACCUUCGUGCCGUUGUCCUGCACGCUGAAGGAAGCCGCCCGCGAGGACAUCGCUCCCGACAGCCCCUACACCGACGUCUACGGCACGGCAAUGACGGUGGCCAUGUGCGCCCUCGCCGGCCAUCCCUCAUGGUGCGAGAGCUUCAAGGGAUGGUCCCAUCCAUGGCAUGCGGCCGAGCCCACCACCCUCCACAGCCGCAUCACAGCCGUGCGGGAGCAGCAGAAGGCUGAGGCGCGAGGCACCGAUGCGGCGGCCAUGUCGCGGGUCCGCACCCAGGGGCUCCAGGAGCUGGAGAGGGUGCAUCAGCACCUCAUACGCGACAUCGAGGCCACUGCGGCGCAGGAGAGCACCAGAGGAGGGAGGCUGGACCUCGACAUCGCCCUUGCCUGCCUGCGUUUCAUUCCGCCCCUUGGCGAGCGACCAGGUGACAUCAGCCUCCAGCCCCUUAUCGAGGAAGUGAACCAUCUGAUCGCAUCGGCUUACGGCCACUGAUGGGCGGGGGAUGGCUUAUCGCAAGGAGGGCAGCACUCGAAGUGGAGAGGGGCCACUAUUCGAUGAUUGAGUUUGGACGAUCGACAGGUGUCUCAAAUGGCGGC